AUGACGAAUGCCAGCGUGCCCACGGCUCCGGCGGCGCGGCGCCGUCGCAUACUCCUCCUGCUGGCGAACUACGCAGCGCUGCUGGUGGGCUCAGUCGCGGCGAGCCUGCUGUCCCGGUUUUACUUCGCGCACGGCGGGCAGAACCGGUGGGUCGCCACGCUGGUGCAGUCGGCGGGGUUCCCGCUGCUCGUCGCCGCCGUGCUCGCCUCCGGCCGCCCUGCCGCCGCGCCGCGCCCGUUCUUGUGGUUCUCGCCGCGGUUCCUCGCCGGCUGCCUGGUCAUCGGCGCCCUGAUGGGCGCCAACAACCUGCUGUUCUCGUACAGCUCCUCGUUCCUGCCGGUGUCGACGUCGUCGCUGCUGCUGUCCACGCAGCUCGCGUUCACGCUCGUGCUGGCCGCCGUCAUCGUCCGCCACCCGCUCACCUUCGUCAACCUCAAUGCCGUCAUCCUCCUGACGGUCAGCUCGGUGCUCCUCGCGCUCCGCGAAUCUGGCGAGAGCCCCGAGGGCAGCGGCCGGUCGCAGUACAUCAUCGGCUACGUCGUCACGCUGGGCGCCGCGGGGCUCUUCGCCGCGUACCUCCCCGUCAUGGAGCUCCUGUACCGGAAGGCGGUGUCCGGCGGGUUCGUCCUGGCCGUGGAGGUGCAGGCGGUGAUGCAGGCCAUGGCCUCGCUGGUGGCGGCGAUCGGGCUGGCGGCCGUGGGAGGGCCCCGCGAUGACGUGGCGCGCUGGAAGGGCUCCACGGCGCAGUACUGGGCCGUCGUGGCGAUGCUGGUGCUGACGUGGCAGGCGUGCUUCAUGGGCACGGCCGGCGUGAUUUACCUGACGUCGUCGCUCCACAGCGGCGUGUGCAUGGCCGCCGUGCUCACGGCGAACGUGCUGGGCGGCGUGGUCGUCUUCGGCGACUCGUUCGGCGCGGAGAAGGCCGUCGCCACCGCGCUCUGCGUCUGGGGCCUCGCCUCGUACCUUUACGGAGAGUACACGAAGAAGAAGAAAGAGGAUGAAGCUUCUCCGUCCGCUGUCGACGACGAAAGCGUCCACCUCAAGAGCAUCGCAGGUGGCAGUGGCGUCCCUGAUCGAGAGCUCGAAACCGUUUGA